ACAGGGGAGGGCCCGUUCCAGACCCUGCAUUCCGGAGCGGACACUGUCGCGGGGAGAGGACUCUGCGCCGUCGCCCGGGAGCGCACCCCGUCCCCAACUCCACCGCCGGGAGCGCGCGCCCUGCGCCCGCCCUUUCCCGGGACGCGCAGUUUCCGUAGACCCCACGGGAGCACCACAUGCGCUCGCCCAGUGGGAGAACCUGGGACGCCGGCGCCCUCCCUGCCCUGACGGGAAAACAAUCGAGGAAGUAGCAGUUCCAUUAUUUAUUUUAAGGCCAUAGACAACCGCGAGACGUGAACCUGGUACCGAGCGCGGCAGAUAUCGCGAGACGGAAGGGGCCCGCUCCUCCCUGGGCCCAAUAAAACGGGCCUCGCGACAAGUGGAGAUCUCGCGAGAUCGACACCAGCGGCCUCUCUUGUCUCCUGACGGUGGUCGUGAGACGGAGCCUUUCCGGGACGAUGCCUUCCCCCUUCUCAGUCAGCUCUUUUCCCGUCAGCAUUCCCGCCGUGAUCACGCAGACAGACUGGACCGAGCCGUGGCUCCUGGGGCUGGCCGUCUUCCACACGCUCUGCCUGCUGCUCACGUGUUUCUCGUCCCGGAGGUAUGGACUGCAGGUCGGGCAUUUCCUGUGCCUAGUCACGUUAGUCUCCUGUGCCGAGUACAUCAAUGAAGCGGCCGCUGCAAAUUGGAGGUUAUUUUCAAAGUACCAGUAUUUCGAUUCAAGGGGGAUGUUCAUUUCUAUAGUAUUCUCCACACCGCUGCUGUGCAAUGCCAUGGUCAUCGUGGUUAUGUGGGUCCGGAAGACGCUGAGUGUGAUGGCUGACCUGAAGAGCCUGCGGAAGAGAAGAAGAGAAGGGAGGCGGGAAAGGAAAGAGGACUGACGGCAGCUGGCGUCCACGGCAGUUUUCCUCCCAUUGUCCCCACGUCUGUGACGAAGGGGGUUUUGUCGCAGCGUCCACACUGUGGAGCGCACCUCAGUUCUGGCUGUUAAACCUGAUGUCCACUGGGGUGUUCAGCGAACCCGGCCCCAGCCUUAGGGUGUUUGAGUCUUACCUAGUUACACCAUGGAAAUAUGGAAAUAAAUGGGUCUGUGCAGAGCCCUAUGAGAUUGGCCAAGUAGUCCAUUCCUGUAAGUAGUACUGAGUGUAACGUUCAGUCCAUAAAAGAUGCUACACUGAGCGUGAUCGAUGCUGCCGCCUCAACCUCGCACCGCUUUCCAUCUGCCCUUGACGAGGGUGGUGCUGCCUCCUGGGCAUGUGGCAAGGUUGGUACUGUGGGUUGUCACUGGAGGGGGUAUAGCUGGGAAUGCAGCUCGGUGGCCCCAAAUAGGAUGAUCUGACCCGAGAUGUCAGUAGUGCAGAGACCGGGAGACCCUAUUUAGGAGCCGCCUUUAAACGACCCCUUGGCAGCACGUUGAAAGGUCGUAUGUGAUCUCGACCCAGUGGUCAGGUUCCUGUGCAGCCUGGUCAUGGGCAUGUCACAAGGCUGUGCCCUGGGGCAGAGUCAGUAAGGGCUCCUUUGUUUCUUGCUGUGGUUACAGACAUUUGGCCAUAAUAGAGGCAUUAAGUCAGGACCCAUGGGAAGGGGGCUGAAUGAGCCCGUCAGCUUGUUCCUCAGGAUGCAAAACUAUUAACAAAUAUUCAGUGACUAGCUGUUUCAAUGAAUAGAUUUUGGUGACAAAUUGAUCAUAUCCCUUACUAAAUUCCACCUUUCUUUUAUAACAAUGUGGCCACUCAGGAUUAGUAAUGCCCUCAGUUUCGCUAGGACAGGGAUUUGCAGGUCCCCUUCAUAGACUAACGUCCAGGGCACUCCUGGAUCCUGCCAGGCCUGGAGCUGUGGCUUGGGAAAGGCAGGUGAGUAGAGAUGCAAAUUUUAAAAAAUGCAGUGUUCCAUAAAUUGUGAUUGGCUCUUGAUUUGGGUUUGAAAAAAAUUGUAAAGAGUUGUCUUUACAAAAAUUUUUUCCUCCUAAGUGAAACAUACUCUUCAAAUUUCAAAUAGAAAAAUAAAACUAUCCCUAUGAGAUCAUUUGUGUUUAGCAGUGUAAAGGUGACUCUUUGAUAUAUCACAAAAUUAAAUUCGGGAACCCGGAUGUGUUUCUAUAGAUGAUUGUAAACUCUUAAGUCGAGAACCUAAGUGAGUUGAUCUUGUAGAAUAUGUAUUGGAACUUUUAACCUGAACAUUUUUAAAUUCCCUUCUUGAUAUGUUAAAACUUUUGUAUUGAACAUAAAAAAUGACUUUAAAAAUAA